UCUGCUAGUGGGGACCACACUUUGAGAACUGCUGUGCCUGGACCUUCUCCCUGUGCUGACUUUCAGUGGUCCAGAGCUUGGUCUCUGAGAUCAUCAGCAUGCCCUGGAGACAGCCUCAUUACAUCCUAAGACCUCCAGCAGGUUAAUUGGGUUUAAUGGGUAAAAAUUUCACAGGAUGUAGCCAGAAGGGCACCUGACAGAUCCCAGAAAGGACAAGUCCAAGGUGUUAAUGAAGUCUUCUGCCUGGAGGCAAGCAGCCCUGCCAUCCAGGGAAUUGCUGGGAACAGGCAGAUGUUCUUCCUCAGGGAGAGAGGACCAGGUGUAGUGCUGGAAGUUGGACUGAGUCUAACAUGCCCAGGCUUGGUGGAGGCACUAGAGACAGGCAGGGUCAUUCUCAGAUACUUUCUGGGAGUAGAUUUUGGAAAAUGGCUUCACUUGAGAGCCAAGGGAAGGGAGUUGAGGAAGCAGAUAGGCUAGAGUCUAUCCUGAAAGGUUCUGGCAAUUUCUUCUGCCCAUGCACACCCACUGAUCUCCCGCAAUCAUGGAAACUACUUUGGGGUUGACUUUGAGGCUCAGCUCGGUGAUCCUUGUGACAGGCCUGGGAUAAGUGAUGCUAUCCUGGGCUCUUUCUGGAGAGGCCUAAAGAAGGCCUUCAACACAGCACUGCCCCCUCUGAGCAGCACCUUGUCUCCUGGUGUCAGGAUCUGAACUUCCUUUUCUGCUUCCUACAAAUAUUUAUUCAUUGCACAUUCAUCAGCUGUUUACUUAAGCAUUGAGUAGGGGCAGGCACUGCCACCAGCAAGAAAGGGAAGAUCCUUGCUCUGCAGAAACUGACUUUCAAGCACAGGGUAGAGGGGAGGCACUAAUCCUGAAAACAAAUUAAAUAUGAACAGACUGAUGAACAUAAGUUACUGUGAGAGAUAAUAGAGGAGGAAUCAGUGUGGGCUUCUCUGGGGAGACAACAUGUAAGCUGAGAACCAAAGGAGGGGAAGAACAAAGGCUGAGGGGUUAGAAAAAGCAAGAGUGUAUAGGCUCUGAGAGGGUGUCAAAGUGGCCAGACUGUCACAGGCCUAGGAGAGAGAGGCACUGCAUAGGACCGGGCGAUGUCAACAGGAUCAGACCACACAGCGUGGUUGAAGCCAGGGUAAAGAAUGUGGAUUGUAUUUAAAAUGCAAUUAAGGGUCUGGGUAAUGCUCAUUAGUGGGUGCUAAAGUAUUAAAUGAAAAGCAGAUGGGGAACUUGAUGGUGGAGGAUCAGACUGAAAUCCUCUGAAGCUGCUGAUCAAGCUAAGCACCACAAAUCAAGAGACUACCAGACAUACUCUGAUCAAACCUCUCAGAUCCAACUACUAAUUAUAGGAAAUACAGGCCACAGAGAGCAGAAUGUGUAAAACGACAUCACAAGGGAGCAAUCAGCAAAAUCUGCAGGAAACUUACAGAUAAAUCAUGCCAUCUUUAUGACAAAUAUAUUGCAAAGGAGAAAGACACAGAGGGGGAAGCUGUAAACUAAAAAAGACCCAGGAGCCAUAUCAGUCAAAUGCAGUAUAGGCUUGGUGGUAGAUUUUAUAAUGACAAAACUUAGUGAAUCACACUCCCAGGUCCAGAUCCUCUUUGCAAUGUAAUGUGGGUGUUCGUUCCUCCUACUGAGAGCUGGAAACUAUUUCUUCACUCACUUGCACCCGUGCUGCUUUGGCCAAUGGGAAGUGGCAGAAAUGACGUGAAAAUACCAGUUUCUUAAUUUGCUCUUGGAACUCUGAGGGCUCUGUUCUCUAAAGAGCCCAGUCCAGGGCCGGGGAUGUAGCUCAGUGGCACCACACCUGCCUGGCAAGCACAAGGUUCUGAGUUCAGUUCCCGGUACCAGAAAAAAAAAAAAAGCCCAGCCUCCUGGAGGAUGAGGCCAGUAGAGAACUGAGACCCCCACCCCAUGCCAGUAGCCAGCACUAAUCACUAAUAACAGGAAGGAGGUUGUCUUAAACCUUCCAGCCCCAGCCAUCAGAUGGCCACAGCUGCAUGAGAGAUCUCAAGAGAAACCUGCAGAAGAACCACCCAGAUGUCAAAGCCAUGGUGCCACAGCACUAAGUGUUGGGGUGGUUUGCCAAGUGUUUGGGGUAGUAGCAAUCUUGCUCAGAUCCUCAAACCAUUCACACAAUUAGGAAACCAUCAGGGAAUUUUGAAUGGUGGAUGCUGAACAUUUGCUAAUAGUGCAACUUAAUGGCUAAUUUUGCUAGACUUGAUAAUGAUGUGAUAGUGGCUUUUUAAAAAAUUAGAGACUCAGGGGCGGGGAUUUAGCUCAGUGGUUCCACCACCUGCCUCGAAAGUGCAAGGUCCUGAGUUUGAUCCCCAGUACCAAAAAAAAAAAAGAGAGAGAGAGAUGCAUUUUAGAGCUACAAUCUGAAAUAUUUGUGGAUGAAAAGAAAUGAUGUCUGGUGUUUGCUUCAAAAUAACUCAAAAAGACAGUAUAGCUGGAACAAGGUUGGCCUUCAGUUGAUUGUUGUUGAAGGUAGGUGAAGUAUACAAGGGAAUUCUUUAUACUACUCUGUCUUGUACUGGUUUGUUAAACUAUGCUCUUUGAGGGCCAAGGAUUUAGCUCAGUGGUUCCGCCGCCUGCUUCAAAAGCGCAAGGACCCGAGUUCGAUCUCCGGUACCAAAAAAAAAACUAUGCUCUUUGAUAGGUUCACUAUAACAGUCUCUCUUGUACAAAGUUAUAUUUUCUAUAUUAUAAUAAUGAUGUUUGCCACUGGAAGCCUAAGCAGAGGGUAUCAUCCCCUCUUACCAGGCUCAGGAACUUUCCAACUUCCCAGCUCUGCCCUCCAAUGAAGUGCCCCCCUCAGCCACUGCUCAUCCCUGCAGUACUGAUGGCUCCAGCUCAUUGGCCCUGCUGCCCCCAGGGACCUCCAGCCUCCAGGUCUCAAGCCUCCAGUGGGCCAGUGGCUGAGCUCUGGGUACAGCAGAAAGGUUCCCCAGAGACUCUUCAUCCCUUGGACUGGGCCACAUUCAGUCCCAGAGGAAGGCAGUUUGUAAGACAACAUGGUGAGUCACCACAGCUAAUGACUUCCCAGAAGAGCUAUGGUUGGACACUGAGCUGAUUCCUUCGAAACACGGCUUGAGAAACACAUGCUCAAGCCUGGUUCUGAAGCAGAAACAGAAACAGAAGGGCCACCUUGCUACAUGUUCAGUAUGGAGCUAAGCAAGCACAGGAUGCUCUUCCUGCCUGCAGACUUCUGGGUACAAGGAGAGAGAACAGAGCUGCUGUAGCCUGGCAAGAGCUAGAGCCAUGGAAGAAGAGCAUCUUUGUCCAUUUUCUGUUGCUAUAAUGAAAUACCCAAGAUUGGGUCGUCUAUAAAAAACUAGCUUAUUUAGUUUGUGGUUUGAGGGGCUGGGAAGUCCAAGAGCAUGGUGCCAGUAUCUUCUAGGGCCUUCAUGCUACAUUGUGACAUGGUGGAGGGAUCAUAUGGUGAGACAGAAAGUAUGCUAGCUCAGAAUCUCUUUCUUCUUAUAAAGCCACUAAUGCCAUCCAGGGGGCCCCACCCUUAUGACCUCAUUAAUCCUAAUUAUCUCCCAAAGGCCCCACUUCUAAAUAUAUUAACAGGAUUUGGGGAAUUAAGAGUCCAACACAUGAGCUUUUGGAGGAUACACUGAAAAAAUAGCAAGGAUCAAGCUGUGCCCGUAAGGGACUGGGAGGCAUCUUCUGGCAGAAUUGGGCCAAGUGAGGAGGGAGUUAGGAGACAAAUGCCUGGACCUCACCUUUUUUCUCCCCUUGCAUCUCCUUUACACCACCUAUUGGCUAAACCCAGUCAGAAGCCAGAGGGCAAGGGAACCCCUAUGAUGUAGGCCAUAGAAGUAAGAGCCAUUUUUGGCCAAGAGCAAGGCCCAGGAGGAUGGAGCAUGGAUGGGUUGGAGAGUAUUGAUGGAGAAGAGUCAACACUGGGGAAUGGGUCUUGGGGAAGAUGGGGUAAGAGAUCAGGGUUGGAGUGGUGGUGAGUUAGAAGGUGUGAAUGGAUCCAUUGGCAUUGGAGUCAAGCACAUGACCAGGAUACAAAGGUGAGCCACACAGAAGGGUCUCACCCAUGGUGAAGAGUUGGCCAUGUCUUCUUUGCCUAGGGUCCUGACUUCUAUGCUCUUUUGGUCCUAGGGGAGCCCUCUCAGUCUCCCAAUGGCAGCUGGCCCCCAAGUCAGAAUGAGAGUAAUGCUGAGGUUGCUCCAGCUGCAAACCUCACCUUCUCCUCCUACUACCAGCACUCCUCACUGGUGGCAGCCAUGUUCAUCGUGGCCUAUGUGCUCAUCUUCCUUCUCUGCAUGGUGGGCAACGCCCUGGUCUGCUUCAUUGUGCUUAAGAAUCGGCACAUGCGCACUGUCACCAACAUGUUCAUCCUCAACUUGGCUGUCAGCGACCUGCUGGUGGGCAUCUUCUGCAUGCCCACCACCCUUGUGGACAACCUCAUCACUGGGUGGCCCUUCGACAAGUCCACAUGCAAGAUGAGCGGCUUGGUGCAAGGCAUGUCUGUGUCAGCUUCCGUUUUCACACUGGUGGCCAUCGCUGUAGAAAGGUUCCGCUGCAUCGUGCACCCUUUCCGAGAGAAGCUAACCCUGCGGAAGGCGCUGGUCACCAUCGCGGUCAUCUGGGCCCUGGCACUGGUCAUCAUGUGUCCCUCGGCUGUCACGCUGACCGUGACGCGCGAGGAGCACCACUUCAUGGUGGAUGCGCGGAACCGCUCCUACCCGCUCUACUCGUGCUGGGAGGCCUGGCCUGAGAAGGGCAUGCGCAAAGUCUACACCGCCGUGCUCUUUGCGCACAUCUACCUGGCACCGCUGGUGCUCAUCGUGGUCAUGUACGCCCGCAUCGCGCGCAAGCUCUGCAAGGCAGCCGGCCCCUCGAGCGAUGGUGAGGAGGCUGCGGGAGAGGGCAGUCGCGCCUCGCGGCGCAAGGCACGCGUGGUACACAUGCUGGUCAUGGUGGCGCUGUUCUUCACAUUGUCCUGGCUGCCGCUCUGGGCGCUGCUACUGCUCAUCGACUUCGGGCAGCUUAGCGAGCCGCAGCUGCACCUGCUGUCCGUCUACGCCUUCCCCUUCGCGCACUGGCUGGCUUUCUUCCACAGCAGCGCCAACCCCAUCAUCUACGGCUACUUCAAUGAGAACUUCCGCCGUGGCUUCCAGGCCGCUUUCCGAGCCCAGCUCUGUGCGCUGCCCUGUGGCGGCCAGCACGCUGCCGCCUACUCCGAGCGGCCCUUCGGGCUCCUGCGCAGGCGGGUCUUGGUGGAGGUGCAGCCCAGCGACUCAGGUCUGCCCUCGGAGUCGGCCGCCAGCAGUGGUGCCCCUAGGCCUGGCCAUCUCCUACUGCGCAACGGGCGGGUGGCCCACCAGGGCUUGCCCGGGGAGGGACCGGGCUGCUCCCAUCUGCCCCCCACCCUGCCAGCCUGGAACAUCUGAGGUGGUCCCCACUGCACACGUGACCCCCAGCACGGGGCUGCACCCUGGAGUUAGAAGAGGGUGCCAGGAUGCUUCCUUGUCACACAGGUGGGCUGGGCUGGUUCACUCUGAGAGAGGCUGGUGAGGGGAAGAGGAAGGAGGGAAGUUCCCCAAACCCUUCUGUAUGGUGGACUGGACAACCAUCAUCUUGCUGAAUCCUCACAAGGCUUUGCGAAUGGGCUUUCAAAUUUUUUGUGCUGGGGAUUGAACCCAGGGCCUUUGCACUGAGCUGCAUCUUCAGCCAUUUUGGUCCUUAUAAAGGUUUUGUUUUGUUUUGUCUUUGAGACAAGGUCUCGCUAUGUAGUUCAGCCUGGCCUUGAAUUCGCUAUGUAACCCAGGCUGGCCUCAAACUCAUGGUGAACCUUCUGCCUCGGCCUCCCCUGUGCUCAGAUUACAGGCGUGAAGCACCACUCCCGGCUCCUUUUAAAGUUUGAAGCAGGGUCUCACUAAGGAAGUCACUAAAUUGCCAGACCUGGGCUUAAACUUGGGAUUCUCCUGCUUCAGCCUCCUAGAGUGCUAGUAUUAUAGGUGUGUGCCACCAGCUUGCAAAUAAACUCUUAUCCCCCUUCUACAAAUGCAAAAACAAAGACCCUUAAGAGGAGAGGUGACUAGCCCAAGGUCUCUCAGCUGGAGAUUUCACUUUCCCUUUUGUCUGCAAAAGCAGUGAAGUAUAUAAAUGGCAAUUAGGGAACAGAGAAGCAGGAAGGAACUCUGACCUGUGGUUUGAUGCUGGGAACCUGUAUCUUGGGGUGCCCCUAUGUGCUGAGACUGAAGCCACUCCCCUGACCCUUUCCUAGGAGGACAAUCUGUGUCCCUCCCACCAGCUAUAAUCUGUUGGUCUGUUCCAAGAAGGAUUUCUGCCAUUCUCUCCCAGGACAGCACAACUGAGCAGCCUCAGGAACCCUGGGGAGCCUGUUCCAAUUGCGGGGAUCCUGAGCCCAGGGAAGGGAAGAGGAACACUCUGCACCUCCAUCACCAAGACCCAGGCAGAACUUACAAUGCCACAGGCAGCUGAGAGGCCAAAUGCAGCUGUCUGUUUGUUAACAUGUGGGCCAGGGGGAGAGGAACGCACAGCAUCUACUUCCUGCCCUGGGAAAUGCAUCUGCUCACGGGGGCUCCAGGGGCUCCGGGGGCUGCUGGUACCAAGCCUUCUCCAAGGCUUCUCUUCCCUGCUUAUGGCGAGGGAAAAGUUGGCCAUCUAAAGCUGCAGCUGGGUGGCCUCUGGGGACUCUCGACGGACAAACACUAAACCCCUCCCCAGCAUGGAUGACUCAUGCACCCUAAAAAUGGAGCAGGGUGCAGGAGAUCUGUGUUUCUGUGGCUCUCACCUGCAUCACUCCAAGAGUGAGGCAAACUCCAGGAGGCAGGAAGGAUGGGGCUGCCUCUGGUGGUUCUUCUGAAGCUCCAGUAAUCUGCAGCUAACUGGACAGCUUCCCUUCACCUCCACUACUUCCAUUGUUAGACAUUUAGUGGAUAAAAGAGAAAGAAACACUUCUAGGAGUCAGGUCUCUGAGGCUCUGAUAGUUUCUUUAGUCAAUAUACAAUGACUUGACCCUGCUUAUUCCACUCUAAGCUUUGGGUACAGGGGCUGAAGAAAAUGGACGGCCGUUCUAGUGUCCAAGUAUGUCCCAGACACUGUGUCAUUUGAUUCAUACAAGUUGAGAUGGAAGAUGUUGUUAUUGCCAUCUCGCCAAGAAACUGAGGCCCAAAAUGGCCAAGGUCACAGGGCCAUAGAAGGGCAGAAUUUGCAUGAGAACUGGGCUUCUGAUUGUUCUUCCCACACUGCAUCCUGUAUUUCAGGGAAAGUGGGCAUAGCAGGGAGCAACACUGGAAAUUCCCCAAAGGUUUUCUGCCCAACAUGAAACCAAAAGGCAGUAUCAUGGUAACCAGGCUCUCGGGCUGGGAAAUGAGAGUCUAUUGUGUUUGCCCUUGUAAUUUCCAGCCUGAGCUGCCCUGUGCGUGAUGUUUGUACCCAUGUACUGAGCAGGCUGCCAAGGUUCCUCACGACUCUGGUCCAGGAGUCUGGAAGGGAUGGAUGAAGGUCUCAGGCUGGGUGUGUCACCCUGCCCCUGAGUGACCAUGCAUGGUCCCCUUCUCUGGUUCUGUUUCAGUGUCCUGUGUCACACAGGCCUGAGCAUUGUUGGCUGUUUAUGAAGACUUCUGACUCUAGGAUCUAAAAAUAGGCCAAAGAGCCAUCGCAGACCCCAAAUACCCAUCCCUGUGGCUGGGAGCUUUCUGAGAUCAUCUCUCCCCUGAGACAUUUCUUGCCUUUUAGCCUGGCCUCCCUACCACAAAAUCACAACCUUUCCAGAAGGAGGGUGUGAGGGGACCAAGAUACUCUGCAAACAAUCUUUCCAUUUCAAUCUCUUUGCUUCAUUAACCUCCCAAAGUUGGGAGGCUCUCAGAGGUCAUGACUGCCAGAAACCCCCUGGAGGUCACAAUUCAUAGAUGUUGCUGCUAUUUUUACUUCUUAAAAAAAAAAAUCGGAGGCUAUGCCUGCCUGUUCCAAGACUGAUCUGAAUGGUGACAGAUGAUCUGAUGCUGUCAUGAAGCAGUGAGGCCUUGUAGGGGGAUUGGGAGCUUGUUUCUUUGUGUAUGUGAUAAUAUACAUGCAACGUAAAAUGUGCCAUUCUAACCAUUUUAAGUGCAUAGAUCAAAGGCUUUAAACAAAUUCACAUUGUUGUGUAACCACUACCACUACCCAUUCCCAGAACAUUUUUGUCAUCUCAAAUUGCAGCUCAGUGCCCAUUAAAGAGUCACCCCCCACCCCCUCCUCCCGGCCCUGAGUAACCGUCAUUUUACUUUCUGUCUGAAUCUGACCCCUCUAGUUACUUCAAGAAAGUGGAAUCGUAUUCAUCCCUUUGUGACUGUUCUUUAACUUAGCAUAGUGAUCUCAAGGAUCAGCCAUGUUGUAGCCUGUGUCAAAAUGGUCUUUCUUUUUAAAGGCUGAAUAGUAUUCCAUUGCACAUACAGUUCACCUUUUGUCUAUUCAUUUGCCUUCAGUGGGUCUUUGGUUUGUUUCCACCUUUUGGCUAUGGUAAAUAAUGUGUGGUGCUUUUAGAUAAUGAAAGUCGUUCCUACAAAUAGUUCCUGUGUGAGUCUGAGGACAAAAACCGCAAGAUCUCUCCAACUUGGCAUUUAUAGGUGACAGAGCAGAGGCUCCAAGGACAGCUGUGACCUGUCUCACACUCUGCCUGCCUCAGUUGCUCUAAGCUCCCUCCCACUGGGCUUAGUUUCUUGACUAGAGCAGCUAAAAAACUGUAUCCUCCACCCACAGUGUACUUUUAUGAAGCUGUUUUUGUAAUUAUAGCUUUGUUAUCUUUGCUGGAUUCCUGUGUCCUGACACCUGGGCCCUGUUGGGAGCCUCAUACAACCACGGGCCUCAAGGACAGUCCACAUGGGCCUCUCCCGAUGAUGUGCCACCCUCUGCCUCUGGCUAGGCCGGGUCUCCCAAGGUGACUGCCCUCUCACAGACGGAGAGUUUGGGGAUAAACUGAGUGUGUGAUGGGAGAAGAGGCCAGCAGCCUGUUGACACUGAGCGUCUCCACCCCAGAGGGGCUCUUGGAGGGACUCUGUGUCCUGUGGUGCCAUGUGCAACAAGAGCAGCCAUUCUCAUUGCAGAUCUCCACGGAUGAAUGGGCUCUUGACUUCCUCAAGACCGAGCGACACUCAGCUGACCAACGUGAGCUGGAGGCGGGAGCCACUUGGGCCACAAACCACAGUCUACCCAGCCCUGGGCUUCAGGCUUUCUCCUGGGGCCUGGAGGAUGCAUGAGUUGACUUGGGUUGGAAUGGAGGGCAUAGCUGGCAGACGAGGACCAGAGCCCCCUAUCAUUAGCCUACUGUGUAUUCAUCCCCAACUCCAGAUGGGAGCCAAGCCCAGGGCUGCAGGGACAAAGCAUUGCUAUUAAGCUCUGAACCUUUCUGGAUCCAUUUCCUCAGCUCACCACCCUGAAGUGCCACUGAGGAAAGAUCAAUAAGAAAGCAGUGACCAAAUAGGCUUCAUUAUAAGUAACUGAUGUUGCAUCAAAAUAGAGUCCCUGUUGAAUGACCCAAUUUCUGUUGGGUUUUUUUUUUUCUCUGUUCAAAAGUACUACAUAAUCAUUGUGGAAAUUUUACAAAAUUUAGAUAAGACGAGAAAAUUAGAGACACCCAUGUCCUAUCAAAAGAGAUAGUCACUUUCAUGUGCAGAUAGAUUUGAUAUUUUUGUAACAGCUUUACUAAGACAAUUUGCGUAUAAAAUUCACCCUUCGUAAGUGUAUGUCCAGUAAGCUUUCGCUGUUGUAUACAUUGUAUAACCACUGUGAUACUCAAGAUAUGUCCAUCAUCCCAAAAAGUUCCCUUGGGUCAUUUUAUAGCCAAUCCUUUCUCCCCACUCUCUAUCUCAGGAAACCACCAUCUGAUUUCUGAAUGCUGUGUACAUGAGAUCAGACAGUGGGUAGCCUUUUGAUUCUGGCUUCUUUUCACUCAGCAGUGUGUUUUUGAGGUUCAUUCAUAUUUCAAAUUUAUCAAUCCAUUCUUUUUGGUUUUUUUGGUACCGGGGAUCAAACUCGGGUCCUUGUGCUUGCGCAGCAGGCAGAGAAACCACUGAGCUAAAUCCCCGGCCCAAUCCAUUCUUUUUUUGGUACUGGGAAUCGAACUCGGGGACUUGUGGUUGUGAGGCAAGGGGCAGAACCACUGAGCUAAAUCCCCAGUUAAUCCAUUCUUUUUAUUGCUGAGUAGUAUUCCAUUGUGUAUAAACACAUUUUGUUUAUCCAUUCAACAGAUGGUAGUCACUGGGGAUAUUACCAGUUUUUGAGUAUUUUGAAUAAUGCUGCUAUGAACAUUCACAUAGAAAUGUUUCUAUAUAUGCAUAUGCUUUCAAUUGUCUUAGGUAAGUACCUAGGAUUUAGUCUACUGGAUUACAUGGUAAGAAUAUAAAAGAAACUGCCGAGGUGUUUUCCAAAGUGUUGAACCAUUUUGCAUUCUCAUCAGCAGAGUAUGAAAGUUCCAGUUGUCCUGCAUUCUUGCCAACACUUAGUAAUAUCCAUCUUGAUGACUCGUGAUGCUGGAUAUUUUUUCACAUACUUAUUGGCCAUUCUUACAUCUUUUAUUAUAAAGUGUUUUCAAAUCUAUUUUUAAAAGUAUGAUUAUAUUAUAGACUUCUCCCCCCAAAUUUGCCCUAAAUCUAACAGGCACUUAUCACUAAUAGAAGAUUUAAAAACGCAUCAAGAAUGGGUUUAACCAAGGAUGGUGGCAUGCAUCUGUAAUUCCAGCUACUCAGGAGGCUGAGGCCAGAGGAUCUCAAGUUCAAGGCCAGCCUGGACCAUUAAUGAGAUCUUGUCUCAAAAUAAUAAAAAAGGAUUGGGGAUGUAGCUCAGUGCUCCCUGCUUCCAAUCCCCAGUAUCGGGCUGGGUGGAUGGAUUUAAAGCAAGAGAAGAGGGUAGUGUGAUAGAGGUGGGAAUGGCCUCUCCAAGGAGGUGACAUUUUUUUUUUUGGUAUCAGGACCUUGCGCUUUUGAGGCAGGCGGCAGAACCACUGAGCUAAAUCCCUGGCCCAAGGAGGUGACAUCUGAGUACAGAUAUAAAUGAAGUGAGAGGCAGCCCUGUAAAUAUGUAGGGAAAGAACAGGCUGGACAGAGCAUCACAUGCAAAGGCCCUGAGGUAGGAAUGGGGUCAAUGAAAAAGGAAUUACUGUAUACUCAAAUGUUAUAAAACUUCAAUACUUUUAUUUUUGAUCAACUCAAAACAUUUAUUCAGUGCCUGUUAAAAGCCAGGCAUGGUACCAUGUGCUUUUUUGUCCAUUAUUCAUUUCUCAUAAUGGAAUAUAAGCAUGUUGUAGACAGGAGCUACAUCUAUUUCACUCCUUUGCUUUGGAGUCUGAUCUAGGAUAUUGUCUGGUGCCUAGAAGGCAGCUAAUGAAUGAGUGAAGCAAUCAAAUAAGUAGGCAUUCAUUAUUCCCAUAUCAGAGAUGGGGAAAACAAGGCUCAAAGAAGUUAAGUGACUUACUGCAGUUCACAUGACUAGGGGCUGCUGAGCCUGAGACUCACAUCCUGGUCCAUCUGACCACAAAGCCUUGGUUUUGCUACUCCCCCCAGCUGCUGUGGCUUCUGCUUCCUACAUUUGGGAAACUGAGGUUAAGCAUAAAAGCAAGAUGAAGGUCUCCUGUAAUCCUAAAAAUAAAACCAGCAAGCCACAGGCUCUGGGCUGCCAUUUUGGCCGUGAAGAUACAUUUUCAUCACAUGCAAAGGUUUCCAAAGACUUCCAAAGAUGGAAGGAACACCAGCAGUUAAGUAAAAGGUAUACAUUUAGUGUGAUCCAACACCACAUCAAGCCCUCAAGGCAACCAUGGGCUCCCAGGCCCUUGUAGUCGCUGAAGAAGGGAAAGCUACUGAACUGGCUGUAUGUCCCACCUUGUUGUUUGUGUCUUCCUGCAAUGCAAUGCCCAGUCCUUUGAAUCCAGUCACCAACAAAUGCUGCUGUUGUCAUGUGUAAACAACCAAAAUAAGUGCUGGUGGAAAAACCCAAGUGUAGUGAUUUUGAGACAUGAGUUUAUCUGUCACAUAGCCAGUGGUAUUAAAUCAUUCUCUGUUUGAGGAGUAGUCACUCUCCCCCACCAGCACCCUCUGUCUCCCUCUCUGUGGAGGUUAGAACAGCCAGAUUAGGCUAUUUUAGUGACUAGGCAGCCUUCAUUUCUGUGCUCUGACUGCCAUGGGGAGCAGCAAUUUGUUUGUCCAUAGUGCUGUCUGGUGGUCCUUUGAAUCACCUCCAAUGAUCACAGUCACCUUCUUUAUUCUCUUUUCCAUGCCUUUGGAAAAUGAUCCUGUUAC